CAUUGCGAAGAUCCGUUCACAGCCGACCGAUCCUGGCUCAUCGAACAUGCCGACCAAGGAAACGCCUUUGCAUCGUACUUCCUGGCAAAGAUCCUCCAAAUCGACCUCGACUGCGGAUCUUUGUUCUACUCUGAGCGAGUAGCCAUCCGCCAGCAAAUCUUCCAACACCUGGAGCGGGCGGCGAAAGCUGAUCAUUCAAUGGCACAAUUCCAAAUUGCCGAGCGCUACAUCAACGGAAUCGAUUGCUACCAUGACUACGCCAAGGCUGCCGAGCUGUAUCGCAAACUUGCAGAACUGGGAAUCCCUCAAGCCCAAAACACCCUUGGUCGAUGCUACGAGUCUGGCGAGGGUGUCAAACAAGACUUCAACACAGCCCUCGAGUGGUUUUCCAAGGCUGCCGAUCAGGGCAGUCACAGCGAUAGCAAGUCGUGUAUCGGAAGUUGCUACUACUAUGGCCAAGGGGUAUCGAAGGACUGGAAGAAGGCAUCCGAAUGGUACAGCAAGUCGGCCGAUCAAGGAAAACCG